AUGCCCGCAACCGACGAUAUAGAGAUGAGUGCAAGCAGAAACAUUGAGCCGACGCCCUUGGGCUUCGCGGCCGUGGUAUCGCUGAUGGCCUCGGACCGAGAUCAGGACCUCCUGAUUUUCCGCAAGUUCGGCAGGAUAAGCGCCCGGAAUCUGCUCUACUUGCAGUGCGAGCUAUUAGCAAUAGAGGAUCAACUGAGGAAAUGGGACAAAAAGAUUGCGUGUUGCCGCGACAUAGACUUGGAGGAAGUUGCAGAGACGUGGGAAGUGAUGAUCAAAGAAGCCAAACAAGGAAAGACAGAAGCCACAGAGAUGAUGGGGCUUAUAGAUGAGGCAUUGGACCUUGAGUCCAGAAUCACCCGACUUCAUUUGCCCGACGAAAGGGUUAUCAGAGUGGCCCAGAACGAGCUUUGGGGAGGUCCACUGGAGUCAGAUGGUCAAAAACGAAGGCCCAUGGUGAAUGGAUUGGCGAAAAACUAUCUAGAUGCUGAGGAGGAUCUCGUAUCCCUUAAGGCAGCUGUGGAAACCGACCCGUUAUCAAAGGCACUCCGAGCCCGCUGGCCCGGCAAGGAAGAGACAUCAAGGGAUGGGGUUAGCCGUAUCAGCCGAGCAAACGAGCGAUCAGUCACAACAGCUGUCACUGUUGUCAACAUCAUCGCCGCGAUCAUCCUAUUAGUAGGGCCAAUCACCAGCCUAUCUUUCGUGAGCUCCCGACCAGCGGUAUUGGGCAUGAUAGGCUCCUUCACGGUCAUGUUUGCCAUGAGCGUGGGAUUAAUGACAAAUGCAAAACGAGCCGAGAUAUUUGCAGGCAGUGCAGCGUGA